UUGUAUUGUUGUUUUUGUUGUCACGCAGGGAGGUUGUGUGGGUGCUGUCAAAUAAAUAAAACGAAACAAAGAUAAGAAAUUUUGUACUUUUAUAUAUAAAUUAAAACAAUCAGAGACAAUGACCGAUUUGCGGAACAAUGAGAUGGACAGCGACUUGGACCAGCAGAACUAUUCGCUAAAUAGCAAUGCGGAUCCCAAGAAUAUGCAGGAAUUGACCAUCUAUGUACAAAAUCUUUUGCAGAAUGUCCAGGAUAAGUUCCAGACCAUGUCGGACCAGAUAAUCACCCGAAUCGAUGACAUGGGCACCCGUAUCGAUGAUCUGGAGAAGAGCAUUGCCGAUUUGAUGAAUCAAGCCGGCAUCGAAGGCCAGGGGCAGCUGCCAGAGAAAUGAGAGGAGGAUGACCAAAGCAGGGCGUGUCUGCGCCCCAACUAUAAACUAUCUCUAUAUAGUAUAUAUCACACACACACACAUCGAAGCACCCAACUAAUUGGCACCCAUUUACAAUUCCGGAUUUGCACAACAUUCAUUUUUGGCAAUUGCUCUCAAACUGUAGACCAGUCACCAUAUUUUGCUCAUUUGAUUUAACUUAAGUGAUUAAUUUUUAAGUACAAUAAUUGAGUUUCCAGUUUGUCGUUUAUACAUUAGCGAGGCAAACGAAUUUUCAAUUAUUUGCCUUAGGGUUUUUAUUAUAAAUUAUAAUUAAAGAAUUAAUUUUGUGAAUUGUAAAAAACAUAAGAGUUCUUGUCAAACUGUAAUGCAAAUGUCAAACUGUAGAACUUCGAUCAAACAAUCUUUAACCAUGGACACGAGUGGGUGGGUGGGUGUUGGAGGUUUCACUUGACUUGUUUCCAUUAUAACUUUGUUUAUUUAGGCCAAAUAAUGUUUGAGUGUUUAUGUAUUUAAUGAAUUGCUUAUGCUAAUUUUAAAUUCGAUUUACGUUUAUCAUCGUCAAUAGUUGCUUGUUUCCUAUUUUGAUUGGAUUUGUUUGAAGAGGUGGAGAGAAGGAAUUUAUAUCUAGGUAAAUGCAUUAUAUAUAUGUAUAUUUAUACAUUUACCUAGGUAGUAUAAAAUUACUAUAUAGAGAGAAAUCUUGAGUAUCAUUUGUACAAAUAUUAAUUGAGCAGGAGGAGAACUUUACUUAAAGCUUCAUACAUGGCCAUCAAAAUUAGCAAAGUAAAAUUAAAUACUGCAUAAUCCUCUUUUUUGAAA